AUGAGUCUUAGCAGAAUUGGGCCACCAGCCAAGGCUGUAGCCAUCCAGCCAACAGGCAACAGAGCCCCUGUCAGCGGCGGUGCCUACAGCCUGGAGCUGGUGUGCGGAGCUCCGGGGGCCCCGGAGCCCCCCCUCUGCUUUGACCCCUGCCAGAACUACACCCGCCUGGACGACCCCUCGCGAAGCUCAGAGGUCACGGAAAGAGCCAAGAAGUGUGACCGGGACCUGCGUGGCUGGUUUCGCUUUGUGGGAGAAGGAGGCACAAGGAUGCCGGAGACCUGUGUGCCCAUGUACAGGUGCCAGACGGAGGCGCCCAUGUGGCUGCAGGGGACCCACCCAACCCUGGGGCAGGGCGUCGUGACCCGCACUGCCUGUGCCCACUGGUCCGACAACUGCUGCUCCUGGAAGGCUGAGGUUCAGGUGGCAGCCUGCCCGGGGGGGUACCACGUGUACCGGCUGGAGAGCACCCCUUCGUGUAACCUGAGAUACUGCACAGACCCGUCCACAGCGGAGACCAAGUGCGACAAUGCCUGCCGCCCCGAGGAGGAGUGCACCUUCCUCAACGGCACCUGGGGCUGUGCCUGCAGACGGGACCUCAACAGCUCCGAUAUCCACAGCUUGCAGCCUCAGCUGGAAUGUGGGGCCAAGGACAUCAAAGUGUUGCUGGACCGGUGUCAGCUGGAAGGCCUGGGUUUUGGUGAUGAGGUCACUGCCUACCUGAGAGACCACAACUGCAGCAGCAUCACCCACAGAGAAGAGGGGAACUGGGUCUCCGUGGUCAGCCCUGCCCAGGCCAACGCCUGCGGGAACAUCCUGGAGAGAAAUGAAACCCAUGCCAUCUACAAAAACACCCUCUCCUUGGUCGAUGAGCUAAUCAUCAGAGACACCAAACUCAACAUCAACUUCCAGUGCGCCUAUCCGCUGGACAUGAGAGUCAGUCUGCAGACGGCCCUGCGGCCCAUCGUAAGCUCCAUGAACAUCAGCCUGGCUGGCGAGGGAGAGUUUACCGUCACGAUGGCCCUCUUCCAAGACCCGAACUACACGCUGCCUUACGAGGGGGCGUCGGCCACACUGCCUGUGGAGUCCAUGCUGUACGUGGGCGCCCUCCUGGAGAGAGGGGACACCGCCCAGUUCAAGCUGCUUCUGAGGCACUGCUAUGCCACCCCCACUGCGGACAGGGCUGACCCCAUGAAGUAUUUCAUCAUCAGAAACAGCUGCCCGAAUCAGCUGGACUCCACCAUCUCCGUGGAGGAGAACGGGGUGUCCGCCCAAGGCCGCUUCUCGGUCCAGAUGUUCAUGUUCGCGGGGAACUACGACCUCGUCUUCCUGCACUGUGAGGUGCACCUGUGCCACUCCUUGCGUGAGCAGUGCCAGCCGUUUUGCUCAAGAAGCCAACUCCGUAGUGAAGCAGUGGCCAUCGACCCAGCCCUGGUUCUAGACUUGGGACCCAUUACUCGGAAGGGUGCCCCCUCUCUUGGUGUCAUGAACGGGACCCCCGGCCCUGCAGGGCUCCUGGGGGCUGGGCCUGGGCUGCUCCUGCCCGUCCUCCUGGCCCAGCUCUUCUGAGAUCCGGGCACCGGGCCCUCUGGCGACGCCUCCGGUCAGCCUCCGGCUCCUCGGACCUCCCGAUUCAGACGUCCAGUGUCAGCGGACUGCAGGCUGAGCCGGUGGGGCAAGGAUGGGCGUCCCCUGGGCUGGCUCCCGGGCCCUUGUACCCCUUUCUCAUGGUGCAGGCUGUCAGCUGCCUGCGCUGGCUUUCUCACCCUUAAUCGUUUCUUAAAAACAAACCUGCUAGGCCGCUGUGGCCCUAGCCUUUCCCCGCA